AGGGCUGAACAAUAGAGACGGGCAGACGGGCGAGGAGGAGAGCCAGCUGCCGCUGCUGGCGGAGAGCGGGCGCGCAGGCAGCCCGGAUCCCGGCCCCGGGCCCCGGCCCCGGCCAGACAGCAGGCGGCCAGCGCCCCCGGGGAAGGGGUACCAUGGGGGAGCCGGCGGCAGGCGCCCCCAGCCCGCCGCGCGCCUCCGCCUGAGCGAGGCUCGGCGUCCUCUGCCCCAGCCCCGCCGCCCGGCCGCCCGGUCGCCCAGCCCCGGGUCCGCCUGGUCUGCGGCCGCUGCGCCCUGAGCCCUCUGCCCAUCGGGCGCCCCGCAGCCCUCGGCCCCGGGCUUCGCCGGACCCCGGCUGCCCGCGGACGCCCGCCCCAGUCAUGAACCCCCCGGAGGGGGCAGCAGAGGAAGGAGGAGCAGCCGACUCGGACGUGGACGCCUUUUUCCGGACAGGGUCUUUUCGGAAUGAUGGUUUGAAAGCUUCUGAUGUCCUUCCCAUCCUAAAGGAAAAAGUGGCCUUCGUGUCUGGGGGCCGGGAUAAGCGAGGAGGACCCAUCCUGACCUUCCCUGCUCGCAGCAAUCAUGAUAGAAUAAGACAGGAAGACCUGAGGAAACUCGUGACCUAUUUGGCCAGCGUGCCAAGCGAGGACGUGUGCAAACGUGGCUUCACCGUCAUCAUCGACAUGCGGGGCUCCAAGUGGGACCUCAUCAAGCCCCUCCUCAAGACGCUGCAGGAAGCGUUUCCCGCCGAGAUCCAUGUGGCCCUCAUCAUCAAACCUGACAACUUCUGGCAGAAGCAGAAGACCAACUUUGGCAGCUCCAAAUUCAUCUUCGAGACGAGCAUGGUGUCCGUGGAGGGCCUCACGAAGCUGGUGGACCCCUCCCAGCUGACGGAGGAGUUUGACGGCUCCCUGGACUACAACCACGAGGAGUGGAUCGAGCUGCGGCUCUCCCUGGAGGAGUUCUUCAACAGCGCUGUGCACCUGCUCUCACGCCUCGAGGACCUGCAGGAGAUGCUGGCCCGGAAGGAGUUCCCCGUGGAUGUGGAGGGCUCUCGGCGGCUCAUCGAUGAGCACACGCAGCUCAAGAAGAAGGUGCUGAAGGCCCCUGUGGAGGAGCUGGACCGGGAGGGGCAGCGGCUACUGCAAUGCAUCCGCUGCAGCGAUGGCUUCUCAGGGCGCAACUGUAUCCCCGGCAGCGCCGACUUCCAGAGCCUGGUGCCCAAGAUCACCAGCCUCCUGGACAAGCUGCACUCCACCCGGCAGCACCUGCACCAGAUGUGGCACGUACGCAAGCUCAAGCUGGACCAGUGCUUCCAGCUGCGGCUCUUUGAGCAGGAUGCUGAGAAGAUGUUCGACUGGAUAAGCCACAACAAGGAGUUAUUCCUCCAGAGCCAUACGGAGAUCGGAGUCAGCUACCAGCAUGCCCUAGACCUCCAGACGCAGCAUAAUCACUUCGCCAUGAACUCCAUGAAUGCCUAUGUCAACAUCAACCGCAUCAUGUCCGUGGCUUCCCGCCUCUCUGAGGCUGGUCAUUAUGCCUCACAGCAAAUCAAGCAGAUUUCCACGCAGCUGGACCAGGAGUGGAAGAGCUUUGCAGCUGCCCUGGACGAACGCAGCACCAUCCUUGCCAUGUCUGCGGUAUUCCACCAGAAGGCUGAGCAGUUCCUGUCGGGAGUGGAUGCCUGGUGCAAGAUGUGCAGUGAAGGUGGCCUGCCGUCCGAGAUGCAGGACCUGGAGCUGGCAAUCCAUCACCACCAGUCCUUGUAUGAGCAGGUGACCCAGGCCUACACGGAGGUCAGCCAGGAUGGCAAAGCACUGCUGGAUGUGCUGCAGCGUCCCCUGAGUCCUGGGAAUUCUGAGUCCCUCACAGCCACAGCCAACUACUCCAAGGCAGUGCACCAGGUGCUGGAUGUGGUGCACGAGGUGCUGCACCACCAGCGGCGGCUCGAGAGCAUCUGGCAGCACCGCAAGGUGCGGCUCCACCAGCGGCUGCAGCUCUGUGUCUUCCAGCAGGACGUCCAGCAGGUGUUGGACUGGAUUGAAAACCAUGGUGAGGCCUUUCUCAGCAAACACACAGGGGUUGGGAAGUCCCUGCAUAGAGCCCGGGCCCUACAGAAGAGGCACGAUGACUUCGAAGAGGUGGCUCAGAACACAUACACCAAUGCUGACAAGCUCCUAGAAGCAGCGGAGCAGCUGGCCCAGACGGGGGAAUGUGACCCCGAGGAGAUCUACAAGGCAGCUCGACACCUGGAGGUGCGCAUCCAAGACUUUGUGCGCAGGGUGGAGCAGCGGAAGCUUCUCCUGGACAUGUCUGUCUCCUUCCACACGCACACCAAAGAGUUGUGGACAUGGAUGGAAGACCUUCAGAAGGAGAUGCUAGAGGAUGUCUGUGCAGACUCAGUGGAUGCGGUCCAGGAACUGAUCAAGCAGUUCCAGCAGCAGCAGACCGCCACUCUGGAUGCAACGCUCAACGUUAUCAAGGAAGGCGAAGACCUUAUUCAGCAGCUCAGGUCAGCGUCUCCCUCCCUGGGGGAGCCCAGCGAGGCCAGGGACUCGGCUGUGUCCAACAACAAGACGCCCCACAGUAGCUCCAUCAGCCACAUUGAAUCAGUCCUGCAGCAGCUGGACGACGCCCAGGUGCAGAUGGAGGAGCUGUUCCACGAGCGGAAGAUCAAGCUGGACAUCUUCCUGCAGCUGCGCAUCUUUGAGCAGUAUACCAUUGAGGUGACAGCAGAGCUAGAUGCCUGGAAUGAGGACUUGCUCCGGCAGAUGAAUGACUUCAACACGGAGGAUCUGACGCUGGCAGAGCAGCGGCUGCAGCGCCACACGGAGCGGAAGCUAGCCAUGAACAACAUGACCUUCGAGGUCAUCCAGCAGGGCCAGGAUCUGCACCAGUACAUCAUGGAGGUCCAGGCCUCAGGAAUUGAGUUAAUCUGUGAGAAAGAUAUUGAUCUGGCAGCCCAGGUACAAGAGCUACUGGAGUUUCUCCAUGAGAAGCAGCAUGAAUUGGAGCUGAACGCGGAGCAGACCCACAAGCGGCUCGAGCAGUGCCUCCAACUGCGGCACCUCCAGGCCGAGGUCAAACAGGUCCUGGGAUGGAUCCGCAAUGGGGAGUCAAUGCUCAACGCCAGCCUGGUCAAUGCCAGCUCUUUGUCUGAAGCAGAGCAGCUGCAGCGGGAGCACGAGCAGUUCCAACUGGCCAUCGAGUCCCUCUUUCAUGCCACUUCCUUGCAGAAGACGCACCAGAGUGCCCUGCAGGUACAGCAGAAAGCCGAGGCGCUGCUCCAGGCCGGCCACUAUGAUGCAGAGGCCAUCCGGGAAUGUGCUGAGAAGGUGGCCCUCCACUGGCAGCAGCUGAUGCUGAAGAUGGAAGACCGGCUAAAACUGGUCAAUGCCUCUGUGGCCUUUUACAAAACUUCCGAACAGGUUUGUAGUGUCCUGGAGAGCUUAGAGCAAGAGUACCGGAGAGAUGAGGACUGGUGUGGUGGACGAGAUAAACUGGGGCCAGCGGCAGAGAUCGACCAUGUCAUUCCGCUCAUCAGUAAACACUUGGAACAAAAAGAGGCCUUUCUUAAGGCCUGCACUCUGGCGCGGCGGAACGCGGAGGUGUUUCUCAAGUACAUCCACAGGAACAACGUCAGCAUGCCCAGUGCGGCCAGCCACACCCGAGGACCUGAGCAGCAAGUGAAAGCCAUCUUAAGUGAGCUCUUACAGAGGGAGAAUCGCGUCCUGCACUUCUGGACCUUGAAGAAGCGGCGGUUAGACCAGUGCCAGCAAUACGUGGUGUUUGAGCGGAGCGCUAAGCAGGCACUGGACUGGAUCCAAGAAACAGGUGAAUAUUACCUCUCAACACAUACCUCCACCGGAGAGACCACAGAGGAGACUCAGGAACUGCUGAAAGAAUAUGGGGAAUUCAGGGUGCCUGCCAAGCAAACCAAGGAGAAGGUGAAGCUCCUGAUUCAGCUGGCCGAUAGCUUUGUGGAAAAAGGCCACAUUCACGCCACAGAGAUCAGGAAAUGGGUGACCACGGUGGACAAGCAUUACAGAGACUUCUCCUUGAGGAUGGGAAAAUAUCGGUAUUCCCUAGAGAAAGCCCUAGGAGUCAACACAGAGGAUAACAAGGACCUGGAGCUGGACAUCAUCCCAGCAAGCCUUUCGGAUCGUGAGGUCAAGCUACGGGACGCCAACCAUGAAGUCAAUGAAGAGAAGCGGAAGUCAGCCCGGAAGAAAGAAUUCAUUAUGGCUGAACUACUCCAGACAGAGAAAGCUUAUGUAAGGGACUUACAUGAGUGCUUAGAGACCUACCUGUGGGAAAUGACCAGUGGCGUGGAGGAGAUCCCCCCUGGGAUCCUCAAUAAAGAGCAUGUCAUCUUUGGCAACAUCCAGGAGAUCUACGAUUUUCAUAACAACAUCUUCCUCAAAGAGCUGGAGAAGUACGAGCAGCUGCCUGAGGAUGUGGGACACUGCUUUGUUACCUGGGCAGACAAAUUUCAGAUGUAUGUCACCUACUGUAAAAACAAGCCUGAUUCCAACCAGCUGAUCCUGGAGCAUGCGGGCACCUUCUUUGAUGAGAUCCAGCAGCGGCAUGGUCUGGCCAAUUCCAUCUCUUCCUACCUAAUUAAGCCUGUCCAGAGGAUCACCAAGUACCAACUGCUCCUGAAGGAACUCUUAACUUGCUGUGAAGAAGGGAAAGGGGAGCUCAAGGAUGGCCUGGAGGUGAUGCUCAGUGUCCCAAAGAAAGCCAAUGAUGCCAUGCACGUCAGCAUGCUGGAAGGGUUUGAUGAGAACCUGGACGUGCAGGGGGAGCUGAUUCUCCAGGAUGCCUUUCAAGUGUGGGACCCGAAGUCGCUGAUCCGGAAGGGGCGGGAACGGCACUUGUUCCUCUUUGAGAUCUCCUUGGUUUUUAGCAAGGAGAUCAAAGACUCUUCAGGACACACAAAAUAUGUUUACAAGAACAAGCUACUGACCUCAGAGCUGGGUGUGACCGAGCACGUGGAAGGCGAUCCCUGCAAAUUCGCCUUGUGGUCCGGGCGCACCCCGUCCUCAGACAAUAAAACAGUGCUGAAAGCCUCCAACAUAGAAACCAAGCAGGAAUGGAUCAAGAACAUACGAGAGGUGAUUCAAGAAAGGAUCAUUCACCUGAAAGGAGCUUUAAAGGAGCCAAUUCAGCUCCCCAAAACACCAGCCAAACAGAGGAACAAUAGUAAGAGGGAUGGAGUGGAGGAUGUUGACAGCCAAGGGGAUGGGAGCAGCCAGCCAGACACCAUCUCCAUUGCCUCUAGGACCUCUCAGAACACAGUGGACAGUGACAAGCUCUCUGGCGGAUGUGAGUUGACCGUGGUCCUCCAGGACUUCAACGCAGGCCACAGCAGCGAGCUGACCAUCCAGGUGGGACAGACGGUGGAGCUGCUGGAGCGGCCGAGCGAGCGGCCGGGCUGGUGUCUGGUGCGCACCACGGAGCGGAGCCCCCCUCAGGAGGGCCUGGUCCCCAGCAGUGCCCUGUGCAUCUCCCAUUCCCGAAGCAGCGUGGAGAUGGACUGCUUCUUCCCUUUGGUGAAAGAUGCGUACUCUCAUUCCUCCAGUGAAAACGGAGGCAAGUCCGAGUCAGUGGCCAACCUACAGACCCAGCCCUCCCUGAACUCCCUCCACAGUUCCCCCGGUCCCAAACGCUCCACAAACACCCUUAAGAAGUGGCUAACGAGUCCCGUGCGCCGGCUCAACAGCGGGAAGGCAGACGGCAACAUCAAGAAGCAGAAGAAAGUACGAGAUGGUCGGAAGAGCUUCGACCUGGGAUCUCCCAAGCCUGGAGAUGAGACGACCCCUCAAGGAGACAGUGCUGAUGAGAAGAGCAAGAAAGGUUGGGGUGAAGAUGAGCCAGAUGAAGAGUCACACACCCCCCUCCCUCCGCCUAUGAAGAUCUUUGACAAUGACCCCACGCAAGACGAGAUGUCCUCCUCUUUGCUAGCAGCCCGACAGGCUUCCACCGAAGUACCUACUGCUGCAGACCUUGUCAGUGCAAUAGAACAGUUGGUCAAAAGCAAGCUGAGUCUGGAAGGAGGCUCAUACCGGGGGAGCUUGAAAGACCCCGCAGGCUGCCUGAAUGAGGGGAUGACCCCGCCCACACCUCCUAGAAACCUGGAAGAAGAACAGAAAGCCAAGGCCCUGAGAGGCAGGAUGUUUGUCCUGAACGAGCUGGUACAGACAGAGAAAGACUAUGUCAAGGAUCUGGGGAUUGUGGUGGAGGGCUUCAUGAAGAGAAUAGAAGAAAAGGGUGUCCCUGAGGACAUGCGAGGAAAGGAUAAAAUCGUGUUUGGGAAUAUUCAUCAGAUCUAUGACUGGCAUAAGGACUUUUUCCUGGCUGAACUGGAAAAAUGUAUCCAGGAGCAAGACAGAUUGGCACAGCUCUUUAUUAAACAUGAGCGAAAGCUGCACAUCUAUGUGUGGUACUGCCAGAAUAAGCCGCGCUCAGAGUACAUCGUCGCCGAGUACGACGCCUACUUUGAAGAGGUGAAACAGGAGGUAAAUCAAAGGCUGACACUCAGCGACUUCCUUAUCAAGCCCAUUCAGAGAAUAACAAAAUAUCAGCUGCUCCUCAAGGACUUCCUGAGAUACAGCGAGAAGGCUGGUUUGGAGUGUUCAGAUAUUGAGAAAGCAGUGGAGUUAAUGUGCCUUGUUCCAAAACGCUGCAAUGACAUGAUGAAUCUGGGACGCCUGCAGGGCUUUGAGGGCACCCUCACGGCCCAGGGGAAGCUGCUGCAGCAGGACACGUUCUAUGUGAUUGAGCUGGAUGCGGGCAUGCAGUCCCGGACCAAGGAGAGGCGCGUGUUCCUCUUUGAACAAAUUGUCAUCUUCAGUGAGCUGCUCAGGAAGGGCUCACUCACCCCAGGCUACAUGUUCAAAAAGAGCAUCAAGAUGAAUUACUUGGUCCUGGAGGAGAACGUGGACAAUGACCCCUGCAAGUUUGCACUCAUGAACAGGGAGAAUUCGGAGAGGGUCAUUCUGCAAGCCGCCAACGCUGACAUCCAGCAGGCCUGGGUGCAGGACAUCAAUCAAGUCUUGGAAACACAGCGAGACUUCUUAAAUGCACUACAGUCGCCCAUCGAGUAUCAGCGGAAAGAAAGGAGCACAGCCGUGAUGAGGUCCCAGCCUGCAAGGGCCCCCCAAGCCAGCCCCAGGCCCUACUCUUCUGUCCCCAUGGGCUCUGAGAAGCCCCCAAAGGGCUCCAGUUAUAACCCGCCUCUGCCACCCCUGAAGAUAUCUACCUCCAAUGGCAGUCCAGGGUUUGACUACCACCAGCCUGGGGACAAGUUUGAGGCCAGCAAGCAGAGCGACCUGGGAAGCUGCAAUGGGACCUCGUCCAUGGCCGUGAUCAAAGAUUACUAUGCACUGAAGGAGAACGAAAUCUGUGUGAGCCAAGGUGAGGUGGUCCAGGUCCUCGCCGUCAACCAGCAGAACAUGUGCCUGGUGUACCAGCCUGCCAGCGACCAUUCCCCCGCAGCCGAGGGCUGGGUCCCAGGCAGCAUCCUGGCACCCCUCACCAAAGCCGCGGCAGCAGCAGAAAAUAGUGACGGGAGCAUCAAGAAGUCAUGUUCAUGGCAUACUCUACGCAUGAGAAAGCGGGCGGAAGUGGAGAACACGGGUAAAAAUGAAGCCACAGGGCCUCGUAAACCCAAGGAUAUUCUGGGCAACAAAGUCUCUGUUAAAGAGACCAACAGUUCCGAGGAGUCAGAGUGUGAUGAUCUUGACCCUAAUACUAGCAUGGAGAUCUUAAAUCCAAAUUUCAUCCAAGAAGUGGCCCCAGAAUUCCUUGUGCCCUUAGUGGAUGUGACCUGCUUGCUUGGGGACACAGUGACACUGCAGUGCAAAGUCUGUGGACGGCCGAAGCCCACCAUCACCUGGAAGGGUCCAGACCAGAACAUCCUUGACACUGACAACAGCUCAGCCACAUAUACUGUCUCCUCCUGUGAUUCUGGGGAAAUCUCUCUGAAGAUCUGCAAUCUGAUGCCCCAAGACAGCGGGAUUUAUACCUGCGUAGCAACAAAUGACCACGGCACCACAUCGACGUCUGCCACAGUCAAAGUGCAAGGUGUUCCAGCGGCCCCUAACCGCCCCAUCGCCCAGGAGAGAAGCUGCACGUCCGUGAUUCUCCGCUGGCUGCCCCCCUCCAGCACGGGAAACUGCACCAUUUCUGGCUACACCGUGGAGUACAGAGAGGAAGGUUCCCAGGCCUGGCAGCAGUCGGUAGCCUCAACCUUGGACACUUACCUCGUCAUUGAAGACCUCAGUCCCGGGAGUCCUUACCAGUUCAGAGUCAGUGCCAGUAACCCGUGGGGGAUCAGCCUCCCCAGCGAGCCCUCGGAGUUUGUGCGACUUCCGGAGUAUGACGCUGCUGCCGAUGGGGCCACCAUUUCUUGGAAGGAAAAUUUCGAUUCAGCUUAUACUGAGCUGAAUGAAAUUGGAAGAGGCCGUUUCUCCAUAGUAAAGAAGUGCAUUCACAAAGCUACCCGCAAAGACGUCGCCGUGAAAUUCGUCAGCAAAAAGAUGAAGAAAAAAGAGCAGGCUGCCCACGAGGCUGCCCUGCUCCAGCACCUGCAGCACCCCCAGUACAUCACUCUGCAUGAUACCUACGAGUCCCCCACAUCCUACAUCCUGAUUUUGGAACUGAUGGACGAUGGCCGGCUCUUAGACUACCUUAUGAAUCAUGAUGAGCUGAUGGAAGAAAAAGUAGCUUUCUACAUCCGGGACAUCAUGGAGGCUCUGCAGUACCUUCACAACUGCAGGGUUGCACAUUUGGACAUAAAGCCUGAAAACCUGCUCAUUGACCUACGGAUUCCAGUGCCUCGAGUGAAGCUCAUCGACUUGGAGGAUGCUGUCCAGAUCUCAGGUCACUUCCACAUCCACCACCUGUUGGGGAACCCCGAGUUUGCUGCCCCAGAAGUGAUCCAAGGCAUCCCUGUGUCCCUGGGCACAGAUAUCUGGAGCAUCGGGGUUCUGACAUAUGUCAUGCUGAGUGGGGUCUCCCCCUUCUUGGAUGAGAGCAAAGAGGAAACGUGUAUCAACGUGUGCAGGGUGGACUUCAGCUUCCCCCAUGAAUACUUCUGUGGCGUGAGCAAUGCCGCCAGAGAUUUCAUCAACGUGAUCUUACAGGAAGACUUUCGAAGGCGGCCCACGGCGGCCACCUGCCUGCAGCAUCCAUGGCUGCAGCCCCACAAUGGCAGCUACUCCAAGAUCCCCCUGGAUACCUCCCGCCUGGCGUGCUUCAUAGAACGCCGCAAGCAUCAGAAUGACGUGCGACCUAUUCCCAAUGUCAAGAGCUACAUUGUCAACCGGGUAAACCAAGGGACGUAGCCAUCUCCUGGCCCUUGAGGUUUCACAUGGAAGUGCAGUGUGAACCAAAGCAAGACUGAAUGUGUCUGUAAAUAACUUGGUUAAUUAUUUCGCUCCAUGUGGUUCUCUGGAUUGAGAGAUGUACCUCUUCAACCUCGUCAGUGGUUAUUCAGGGUCUGAGCAGGAGUAAAAUCACCCUAAAGCCAGGGGCUUUCCAGAAGGCCAUUCAGAAGACAGAAAGAUGCAAAGAGUCACUGAAAGUAUUAAAAAAGGGGCAAGGAUAACAAGAAUAUUCGCUGUUAUAAAACGUUAAUUGGGCAUUCCAAAAUGAGUGGUUUCCUGGGCAAAACUUAAGCUCACUGUAAUGAGUAUAAAAGGUUUCUGCCUUUGUUGAAAUUUUAAUCAAAAACUUGUAUUUAAUAGAGAUGUCAUGUAUGUCAACUCUUCUGGUUUAGAUUACUUAGAUAUAGUUUCUUAAUAGGAUACAAAUACAGUAAAAUAUAUCCCAUUCAGGUUUCAGAGUUUUAUAAUAUAGAGAUAUAUAUGAAAUCAAUCGUAAGUAACUUUGAGUGCUCCAGUUAAGACAGUAGUUUAUUUACCGAAGCAUUACAUUGUUUUGACUAAGCACAAUUAGAUGACAAGUUUUUUAGAGCAUUUUAUAAAUCUUGUAUAGAAAUCUUUUACCAGAACCUGUGCAUUCAGAGAAAGCAAUGUUACCCUUUUGCAAUCUGUGAACGAGAAGAUUUUUCUCUUGGCCACAGGCAUUUGACAACAUAGGUUCUGUAUAUGAAAUGCUACCCCCAAAUUCAUUGGCAGCUCAGAGUUCAUCUGGCAGGAAAGCCUGCCAGGAAAUCAGUCCAAACACAGUAAGAGUUGUGGGGCUAUUUUUAUGUCUACACUUGGUUUGAAACAGGUUAUGAAUCUAACAGGUUCAUACAAAAGGGCAAAUCAAAACCUUUCCUAUAGUUCCUACGAACAACGUCACAACACUUUCUGGUGUCUCCUACAGCUGUGGGGUGCAGUCCUCAGAAAGUUGGCCUGCUUUGUUUCUACCCCCUUAUGGAAGCUAAGGGAUACUUACCAAAAGGAGGCAGCCAUAUAGGCCCUUUAAAGGCCUGGUCCCCAGUCCUUUUUGAAGCCAUGGAAUAGAAUCUGAUGUAUCAUCCUGACAGCACCUUGAGUUUUAGCUGCGAUUGCAAUACCUAUCAGCACUCAGCCGCCGACAUUUCCCUGGACUGAAAAGACUGAUUGCACUUAGAGGCCAACACUGCUGUCUGGUGUAUAUUCUCCGUGCAAGAUGAUUACGAACUGCCCUUUCUUCUGCUGGUGGGAAAAAAAAUUAAACCUGGGCAUUUCAUGGUUUUUCUUUCUGUCUUGUUUUUUUUUUCUUUUUGUCUUCUUUUUAUUUUUGUAGAUGAUCCACCCUUUGUUUUCUAGAAUUUGAAAAUUGCUGUUAUACAAAUCAUAUUUUGAAAAUAUAACUCAAGUGUUUGUCCGAAUCAGGUUUAAGGGCAUUGCUUCUCUCCUAUAAUAGGAUUGAGAAGAUUAAAAUCACGCAGCACAGAGGUGCAAUCAGAGAGUUUAUGAAGGAUUAAUGGAACUACAAACAUAUCUAAAUGAAAAAGAAUGGUGGAAACUAAGCCUGAACUUUAAAAUAUAAGAACGCUUAUUCCCACAGUGGAAAUGUGAAUUGAAUAUUCUCAUCAUUCUUUUCCAUUGGUUUCAAAGUCAACUUCCUCAUCCACCCUCCACCUCAUCCCAUCCAAGAUUAUAGAUUAAUAAACUAGUAGAAAGGACAAGCAAUAAGACUAGAUAGCACUUCAUAUUUCAGGAUUAACCAAAUAGAUGGAAAAUGACUCCAACUGUAUCUGUUCCUGGGUCAUCAAGGCUCCCUUUCUCAGAGCUCUCUCUUGACUAGCCCUCCAUAUUGAUCAUUGAAACCCAUGUGUAUAUACAAAUACUAUAUGAUACAAUAUUUCAAAAUUUAAAACAUAUAUACUAAAAACUCUUUUAGUAAACAUGUCUUCAUUAUGACAUACAGCAUAAAAGAAGAAAGCCUGGUCCAUAGGGCUUGUCAUAGGAUAGAUUGCAGGUGCUGAGGAUUCCAAAUAUCCAUAAAGCACGCGUGGCAAGUUCUGUUCCAUCCAUUGUGGAGAACAGAGCCCCCUGCUGAAUCAUGUUGAGUUUUUAUGACCAUCUAGGAGACAUGCUGAGCUUCUGCUUGAGAAGGAUGGGGCCUAGGGCAAUGGGGCACAGGUUGCACAGGAGAGCAUUAAUGAAAUCUUGUUGUGGGGAGGGUGUUGGACAGAAUGUUAGAGCCCAAGCUUUGAUAUCAGCUUUUCUAUCAGAGUUGAGAUGGUCCAGAUGUGAAGUAGUGUGGAAUUCCCCCAAUACACAUGUUGGGGAAGUGAGGAGACAGGAAAGGAGUGACGUAGAAAUGAAAAGCAGUAUGAUUUUGUUAAUUGGAGCCAAAGUACAAUCAUUAGAAUAGAAUGAAUUUAAUAAAGGCCCCAAGAGAAAGGGUGUAUAUUUCAUAUAGUUUGAUAACUGGAGAAAACUAACAGGUGGUCCCCUGUCUGCAAAGCUCCUGGUCCCUCCCAACAGGGAUGAGAUAGCUGUCCUGGUUCAAGAAUUCUCCAUAGCAAGUUGGAAAUAACAAGGAAUCCCAGAAGACAGGGCUGGGAAAUGUACUUGAGUUGCUCUGUGGGCAACUGUGGUGAGGCCCGAAGGAGUAGGACCCACUUUCAUAUACCCGUUUUGGCGGAGAGAUUGAUUACUUUGUGGUAAAGAAGAGAGGAGAGAAAAGAAAAUGGUCCAUUUCUACUAUAAUUAUGGUAGUUCUUGAAAUCAAAACUUAACUAGGAAUUAGUGAGAGUAAGCUUCCAGUUGAAAUGGGAAAAAUAAAUAUUGGUUAAAGUCACAUUUUUCUUGGGUGGCUCAUAGUCAUUAAAUGGGGUUUGGAGGUGUUUUGGGUUUUGUCUUGUAAGGGUGGGAUGCAGACAGGAGGAAAAGAUCAGGGACAACCCAUAAUAAUUUUGAAAAGGUAUAAUGACUUACUGCAUCUUUUACAUUUGUUUCAAAUUAAAUAGAUUUGUAGCCACUUACAGCUGAAUGUGGGAAAAACUUUAAGAACAAAAUUGUCACGGUGGAGGUGUCCUUCGGGUCUCUCACGGCUACACACACUCUUGGGAGAGUGGAGGAAGCAGAGGAAAAGCUGGAUUCACCGCUUUGUGGUUCACAAAGGCUUUAUAAAUAGUAGUGCCUUUUAGAGGGGAGGAUGGGAGAUAAAGAAGUUCAUUGUAUUUAGAUUAACUGAUAGUGCAGCAUUUUCUCUUUAUUUUAAACUAUCUUUUAAGUGAAAACAUCUGAAUAUGGGGGAGCCUAGGAAUUCUUGAGUUUCAACCUCAGCUAUUCCUGAUUCGUCCUUUCUUACAGAAAGUGUUUUUUCUGCCCCAAAUGUCCCCAUUGUUAAAAUGGGAGUUGUGGAGAAGGAGGGGAGGACAUUAAUCUCAUAGGAAUGUUGGAAAAACACCUUUGUUGGGAUGUCUAGAAAACACUUUGAUUCUUUUAAAGUGCUACACACUGCCAGUGCGAAGAAUUUUAUUGAUGGUGACUUUGAACAUUCCAGGUUUUCAAUAUUCAUGUCUUUAGAUACUAUUUGUAAACUCACGGGAUUAAAUUCUUUAAACUGAUUUUAAUUGGAAGUACUAGCUGCUCUUUGUCUAGAUGUUAUUUGGUCUUAGCCUGUAAUUUCAAUCAUUUAAAAGCUUGUCUACAGAAAAAGGGUAGGAGAGCUGAUGCAGCUUAUAUUAAUAAACUGUUUUCUCCAGUGUAUCUUACGGCAGACGCAAAGAGUAAGAUGCCCCCAAAGCAACUGCCAUUCUCCCUUCUCAAGCUUUAUGCUUUGGAAAAAUUGACAGAGAAAAACCCAAACAGCCACUCUCCUCACUGGGAGGGCAGAAGUGAGAAUAAAAUAUUUUCUGAUAUCACAACUCAUUUCUUUAGAGUCUCACAGGCCUCUAUUAUAAGAGGCAAAUUAAAUGCACAGGUAAAAAAUUGAACUGUUGGUUUUUGGAGGGAAAAUCUUGGAUCCUUUUUUUAGAUAAUUAGGUGUUUCAGGAGUUGCAUAUUUGCUGUCCUAUCGUCUCUAUGAUUUAGUGCCUGUGACUUAGUCAUUACCUUUUUUCUUGCCUAUGGUGGAAGAGCAUGGACAUUUAGAUUUGUGAGAAGACGAGGGAGAAAACAUGUUUUAAACUAUCUAAUGGUUAUUUCCGUGUAUUAAGUAAAGCUUUGUCCCAUGCAUUUGCUAGAGGUGGAGCUAUUUCAAACACAAGGGGUUUCUGGAAUAGGGCAAAAGUGCAGACUCACCACUUCCUUGUUCAGUUUUGAGAAAUGUGGGCCUUAUUCCUUUCUCUCCUGGGUAGCAUGGCUAUGAAGUCUGAGUUGGGCAAACACAGUAUUUGACUUAUUUACAUUAUGGUUUUUCUUAACUAUUUAAGCUUUAGGGUGCAUUUGGAAAUGAAUGAUUAAAGCUGGGGUGGUGUUAGCAAAGAUAAGGUUUACACAUACUCCACUAAGACAAGCGAAGCUACCAUGUUAAUAUUUCUUUUCUAAAAUCUACAAGGCUCUGAGUUGUUUCAUUAAUUCUAGAGGGUUAAAAAGGGCUGAAAUUUGUCCACAGCACUAGAGGUUUUUAAUAGAAAAUAUUAUUCAUGUGAGAAAUCUAUACAGACAUAUAACACAGAAAUAUCACAGGCCAUAUUUUCUAUGAAAGGCAUUUCUUCCUCAUUUUCAGUAUAUGGAGAAGUUAGAGGAGAGGAAAAAGCAAUUACUUUAAGACAAAUUUUCAUCUUUAAGGGACAUUUAAUAGAAAGCCUGAAAUUCAUACUCAUAGGCUAUUGUGCUUUCCUGUCAGCCUGUUUGCUGGGAGAUUCUAAAAUGGGGUCAGGUUUGGUUUUAUUCAAAUGAUCAAGAUUAACUGUUUCUUCAGAUAACUGUUAUUUCAGAUAGUGAGGACAGCUGAGAAAAGGGAAGGUGGUGGGGGAAAAGGGCAAAUAAUUCUUGGAGUCCCAACUCCUGAGGCUUAAUUGAAGCAAGCUAAUUUGCCAGCCCAGGAACAGCUAACAUGAGUUCCACCAAUGCCUGACUUCUAUCAAGAAACGUACCACAUCCUGGAGUAUUAUGGAGACUGUUACCACGAUCUCAAAGACUGUGGUUAUGAAUCUGAAAUGAACAAAACAUGCAUCUUCUCUUACUAACUGAAGCCAUAUCUGUCAUCUCUGUGUUUGAUUUUUUUGACCCUGGUGCUUUUUACUUCUGUUUCUGCCAAACUUCAGCCUACUCUACGGGGAAGGUGAGUAAAACUAGUAGUUAGGACAAAUGUGAAGACUGAAAAACUGGAGUCUUCAGAAUGAGAUCGUAGUCAGAUAACAGUAGUGAUCAAAGUGCAAACUGUUGGAAAAUAUGGAUAUAUGUACAUCUGUACAUGUAUAUAGUGUAUAAUACGUAUGUAUAUGUUAUUGCUCAUAUGCAGAAAUCUAUCCAUGUGAAGACAGCCCAGGUGGGUCAGUUUUUCUAUUGGAAAACCAUUUAGGGACAUUCAAAACCAUUAGGGCUGAUGGGCAGAGUUAGUUUCACUCAUCUGGGAAUUAUUUGUUCCCUUUUGAAGUCCACAAAGCCAAAAACAAAGCCUGAAACAUAAUGGGGCCAUUAUUUUAGUUAUUCUGUUUACCUGAAGUCUUUAUAUUCAUAUCUUUAUAGUUGAAUUAUUAAUAGUUGGUUUGCAAACUGCAUUGGCACCUUUUGGUUUUGAGCGAUCCCUUCCCCACCAAGUAUUUUGAGAGUUUGGGGUGGGCUUCUCUGGCCAUUCAGAUAAAGGGCCUUAUCCAUAAAUGGACAGGUUUCCCCAUAGGGACCAUUACACAUAUACAUAGAAGUACAUGCUUCCAUCAGGCUUGUAACAAUUGAUUUAAAAUCACUCCACAGUAUUGAUAAAUAGCUCUAUAUUUUCAAGGUGCAGAAGAAUUCCACAGCCUUAAUUAUUUCAGUGUCUUGCUGGUCUGCCUUAAGUGUAUCUUCUGGGUUUUUGGUUGUCUUAUUAUUUUUAAAUUUUUCUGCAGUUGUUCAUUUUGUAUGCACACAAUGUCGUUUUGUAAAGGUAGUUGUAAAUAUUUUAUUUGUAAGUCAAAAUCAUUCAUGUGUAAUGUUGUAAAGUGAUGACCUGCUGUCUUGUUAUUAUUACUACAGUAAAUGUUAUGAGUUAUGGAUGCAACUUCAAAAUGUACAUCUCACAAGUUAUGCAUUCCUAUAAAUAUACUAUACUCAAGAUA